AUGGAUUUCGCCGCCUUAAUGGCCAAAGAAAUCUCCAAGGCCAAACCCGAAAAGAAAGCCGACACCUCAUCCACCACCACCGCCCCAGAAAAGAAAUACAUGCGCCGCGCAGACAUCGAAGCCGCGCGCGUAACCGCCUACAAAGAAGAACAAGAGCGACUCCAACGCGAGCGCGAAGAACGUCAAACCCAGAAACGCAAACACGAAGAAGAAGAAGCCGAGCGGCGGCUGCAGCGCGAAGAAAAGAAGCGCCGACUGGCUGAGGAGUCUCGGAAGCGGCGCGAGGAAGAAGAGGCGGAGCAGGAGCGACAACGGCGGAAGAGGUUGGGUUUGCCGGAGUUACCACCUGCUGGCGAGAAAGAAGACGACAGCGCCCUAGGUGAGCAGGAAGAGGAUAUCCCUGACGAGGAGCUGGUUGGGAAGUUGCGCGAGCUGGGCGAGCCGGUGUGUUUGUUUGGCGAGACGCAUCGGGGUCGAUUGCGUCGGUACCGCCGGGUCGUGCAGCGGGCGUCGGCGCCGCAGCAGAAGUUGUCGGAUGGGCCGAUUCCGACGACGUUGGAGUUGGUGCCGGAGGUGGAGAUGAAGAUCUCGACGACCCUGCCGAAGGAUGUUGAGGGGCGUAAGUAUCUGUUCAGGCAGCUGGCGUCGUAUUUCAAUAUGGUGCUGAAGGAGUGGGAAUUGGCGCUGGCGAAGCGGGAUGCAACUGUGAAGCAGAGUCUGCAGGGACGACAGGCCUACAAUGCGAUGGUGCAGUCGAGGGAUAAUUUGAAGCCGCUGUUCCGGAAAUUCGAGAAGGUCGAUCUGGAUGAUGGUGUGCUGGAACACAUUGUGGAAAUCGCCCACAAGGCUCAGCAGCGGCGAUAUGUCGAUGCAAAUGAUGCCUAUUUACGACUAAGUAUUGGAAAAGCUGCAUGGCCCAUCGGUGUAACCAUGGUUGGUAUCCACGAACGUUCAGCUCGAGAGAAACUGCACCAGAGUGAUCAGCAGGCCCACAUUCUGAGCGAUGAGAUUACUCGAAAGUAUCUGCAGAGUAUUAAGCGAUGCUUGAGCUUUGCGCAGACUCGCUGGCCCCCGGAUGAUCAGCUGCAGAUCAUGGGUUAG